AUGCUGGGGUGGGUGGAGCCAGGGCCACUUCCUUUCCCCUUGGGGCCCCUCCACCAGUCUUGCUUCAGGAGUUGGAGCAGCCUGGUCCCAGCCCUGUGCCCUUAUCCACUGAGCUGGUCCCAACUCCUGCUCAUGCCUGUUGCUUUGGAAAUGAUCCUGUGUCUCCUCCUCUUCGGGAGCGUCUGGACCCAAAACACAAGCUCAGAGUCUCCAGAUGGCACAAUUACUUUGCAGAAGUUGGAACCCACAGGGUCCUCUGUUUCUUUGGUCUCAAAUAUCUAUGAGACCACAAAAUUCAACUCAAUGACAUCUAAUUUUGCAACAACCGAGGUCGCUACGACAGAUGACAGCACUGAGCACAAGAUCUUCCCGCCUUCCUCAACUCCCUAUACAGCCAAUGAGGUUUCCUCUCCUGGGACUUCCAUUGCUGCCAGCAGGGGCCCUCCUGUAAAUGAGUCAAUACUCUCCCACAAAGAUUCGGCCAAAAAAUUAUCAAUGCCCCUGGAAAUCUCUAAUGCAACCAGUAUACCUGCUGUCCCAGUAAUGAAAUCUACAGGAUUCCACACUACGACUGGUGAAACCAUGGCAACUAGCCCUCUGGAGACCUCCAGUGGGACCAGUGGACCCCCUAUCACCACAGCAACUAGCUCUCCGGAGACCUCUGAUGGGACCAGUGGACCCCCUAUCACCACAGCAACUAGCUCUCUGGAGACCUCCAGUGGGACCAGUGGACCCCCUAUCACCACAGCAAUUAGCUCUCUGAAAACCUCCAAUGUGACCAGCGGACCCCCUGUCAUCAUGGAAACUAGCUCUCUAAAGACCUCCGAGGAGACCAGUGGACUUCCUGUCACCAUGGCAACUACGUCUCUGAAGACCCCCAUGGGGACCAGUCGCUCCCCCAUCUUUGGAGUAAAAAUAUCCAGCCCAACGUCCUCCACAAGCAUAAGCAGUAGGUCCUCCACAAAUUCAGGUUGGGGGACAAAUGGCACCUUGCUGGUAGCUGUGCUUGUGGCCCUGCUGGUGGUCAUUGUCCUCGUGGCACUACUCCUGCUGUGGCGCCAGCAGCAGAAGCGGAAGACAGGAGUACUGACACUAAGCAGGGGUGGAAAACACAACGGGGUGGCAAAUGCCUGGGCUGGGGUAGCCCAGGUGUCUCAUGAGGAGGCCACGACAAUAACAGAGGGAGUGUCUGGGGGUAACAAUGACUCUGGGGUCCCCCAGGGGGAGGUGUCUGGCCAGCGGCCCACACUUACCACUUUCUUUGGUAGACGGAAGUCUCGCCAGGGCUCCGUGGCGCUGGAGGAGCUAAAGCCUGGGCCAUCCCCCAGCCUAAAGGGGGAGGAAGAGCCACUGGUGGGCAGCAAGGAUGAGGCUGCGGAGACCUCUACUUCUGAUGGGCCAGAAGAGAGAGACGUGGAGGCCCCUUAACGUUUGAGAAUAAUAAGACUGGAGUUCAGAAUCGUUCCCGCUUUCAUCACCUUCCCUCCUGUCAUCACAUCCAGCCUCAUCAUCACCCAGCAUUUUCACCCAGCACCCUUUGGAUUUUCACCCAGCAUCUUCACCCUGAAUCCUCAUUCAGCUCUUCUAGCCAGCAGCCCAUGCAGCACCCACACCCAGCGCGUAGAUCAGGGCUGACACCCACUGAACCCUUGUAGAUUGAAUGAAUGAACUUUUCUCAUCAACCCCUACUUCUCCCCAUCACAUUUUCUCCACAUUUCUGUCCUUGAAACCAGCUGCUGAGUCUCCGUAAAGGCCAAACUUCCUUGACUUAACGUUUUCUCAGAGGAUUCCCCAGGAAUACCAGAGACUGGGAAGAAGAAGGAAAUGGCAACCCAGCAAAC